ACGACCCCGCAUAGUUAUCGGCUACUGGAGUUUCCUCGCUGUGAACGGGAGUUAAAGGGACAAAGCUAGGUCCCUCCGUCUGUCGGGUACUUUUCAGUGUACUCUCUUAGAUGGAGAAUGUAGCGAGAAGCCGUAGUUCCAAGUUGUUGGGCGUAAUUCUACGUGAUCGGGUGCAUUUUUUUGAUCGACCAUCGGGACGAAGUGCUGAGCCCUGAUCAAGGAAUGGCGAGCAAAGUUGCUGACAAGGCAGGGAAAGCCCUUCCAGCUGAAGAUUGGAAGUUCACUCCACCACCUGAGGCUCCAGUGUUCGAGCCUACUCCAGAAGAAUUUGAAGAUCCUUUGGCAUAUAUUGCCAAAAUCAGGCCAAUUGCUGAAAAAGCAGGUAUCUGCAAAAUAAGGCCACCCAAUGACUGGCAACCUCCAUUUGCAGUUGAUGUUGAUAAGUUUAAGUUUACUCCUCGAAUACAGAGGUUAAAUGAACUGGAAGCAAAGACCAGAGUUAAACUGAACUUUUUUGAUCAGAUUGCAAAGUUUUGGGAACUACAAGGGUCAACCCUCAAAAUUCCCAUGAUUGAUAGGAAAGCUCUGGAUCUCUAUACCCUGCAUCGUUAUGUGCUACAGUUAACAAAUGAUAACUACGAAGGAUUUGUCAGGCAGAAAGAUAAAGCUGCCCAAGAGCAAUUGUGGUCUGACAUAGCAAUGAAAAUGGGAUAUCCUCCUAAAAGAGGCCACUAUUUGCUCUUAAAGCAUCACUAUGAUCGAAUUUUACGACCAUAUGACAUAUUUUUGAAACAUCCACCUACAGAAAACUUAGCAAAGCCUAAAAGAGAAGUGAAGGCUGAACCAAAAUUGGAACCUAAAGCUGAAACUAAGGUAGAAGCAAAGUCUGAACCCAAGUCUGAUGACGAUGAAGAGGGUGAAGAGUACAAGCAACAUCAGAUUCCAAGCCGUCAAGCCAUUGAGCCACCAGCAAGCCAAAAGUCAGCUAGGCGUUCUAAGCGUUAUGGUACCUGUGACCCUGUCAAAGAUGGACAAGAUCCAACCUCACCAGACAGCAAGGAACUUCGCAGACUUCUCUUCUAUGGAGCAGGUCCUAAGAUGGCUGGCUACAAUGAGAAGCAGUCUCCCAAAAAGAAAAACUCCAAGAAAGGGGGUCAUGAAUAUGAUCCCUUGGCAAAGUAUGUGUGCCAGACAUGUGAAAGGGGUGAUGCCGAAGAAAGUAUGUUAUUAUGUGACGGAUGCGAUGACAGUUAUCAUACUUUCUGUCUGGUUCCUCCUCUGAGUGAGAUUCCAAAAGGUGACUGGCGCUGUCCUAAAUGUCUAGCUGAAGAAGUUAGCAAACCAUUGGAAGCCUUUGGUUUUGAACAGGCUCAACGAGAGUAUAGUCUUCAGCAGUUUUGUGAAAUGGCAGAUCGUUUUAAAUCGGAAUAUUUCAAUAUGCCUGUGCAUGUUGUACCAACAUCUUUGGUUGAAAAAGAAUUUUGGAGAUUGGUGUCCUCUAUUGAUGAAGAUGUUACUGUUGAGUACGGAGCGGAUUUGCAUACCAUGGAUCAUGGCUCUGGCUUUCCCACAAACUCCAGUGACACAACAUGUGAAUAUGCCAAAUCUAAUUGGAAUCUCAAUAAUCUUCCAGUUUUGGAAGGUUCAGUUUUAGGACAUAUAAAUGCUGACAUAUCUGGCAUGAAAGUUCCAUGGAUGUAUGUUGGAAUGUGUUUUGCCACUUUUUGCUGGCAUAAUGAAGACCAUUGGAGUUAUUCCAUCAAUUAUUUGCAUUGGGGUGAACCCAAAACAUGGUAUGGUGUACCUGGAAGUUCAGCUGAAGCUUUUGAAGACACCAUGAAACAAGCAGCCCCUGAAUUGUUUCAGUCACAACCUGAUCUCCUCCACCAGCUGGUGACCAUAAUGAACCCCAAUAUUCUCAUGAAUGAUGGAGUGCCAGUAUUUCGCUGUGACCAGCACGCAGGGGAGUUUGUCGUGACCUUCCCCCGUGCUUACCAUGCUGGCUUUAACCAGGGUUUCAACUUUGCUGAAGCUGUUAAUUUUGCUCCUGCUGAUUGGUUGUCAUUAGGAAGGAAUUGCAUUACUCACUACUCAAAUUUGAGACGGUUCUGCGUCUUCUCCCAUGAUGAAUUGGUGUGUGGAAUGGCAUCAGAUCCUAAGGAGCUGGAGCUUGGUGUUGCAGCAGCGGCUUAUCAAGACAUGAGUGUGAUGGUGGAAAGUGAGAAGAAAUUAAGAAAGUCUCUCUUGGAAUGGGGAGUGCGCACAGCUGAGAGGAAGAAUUUUGAAUCAAUGCCAGAUGAUGAAAGACAGUGUGAGGUAUGUAAAACCACUUGUUUUUUGUCAGCAGUGACUUGUGAUUGUGAAACUGCUAAUCCCAAGGGCCAGCAACGUCUACUCGCAUGUCUGAGACAUUACACUGAUCUCUGCUCCUGUGAUCCAACAAGCCAUACUCUUUGGUAUCGGUACACAUUAGAUGAGCUUCCUCUCAUGCUUCGGGAUAUCAAGCUAAGGGCUGAAUCUUUUGAUAAUUGGGUGUCCUCAGUUAAAGACGCUCUAGACUUCAACACACCAAAAACACUGGACCUUGCAGGAUUCAAAGCUCUAUUACAAGAGGCAGAAGAUAAGAAGUUUCCAGACUCCGAACUAUUGCAAGCUCUACGAGUUUCUGUCCAGGAAGCAACUAAAUGCGCAAAUGUUGCAUCUCAACUUGGUGGCAGAAAAACUCGCAACCGUACUCGUACUUCUCAAGAACCAAGACUGAAGCUUACUGUGGAAGAGCUGCAGUUGUUUGUAGAAGAAAUUGAUGAGCUUCCUUGUAUUCUACGGGAUGGUGCUGCUGUGAAAGAUGUUUUAGAGAAAGUAAAGGAGUUUCAAACAAAAGCAGCUGCUUUAAUGAGCAAGGAGCCUAAUAUAGAAGUGAGAAGAGGAAAAGAAGUUCGUGAAGUUUUAGAACUUGGUCUUAAUCUGGACGUCGAAUUGACAGAACUUUCACCACUGAAAGACUUGUGUCUUCAAGAGGAAUGGUUAGACAAGGCUGUAAGACUCCAAAAUGCAGCAGCUGCCGACCUCGAUGAGGUGACUUCUUUAGUGGCAGCCUGUGAUGAUCUGCCCACCCCAAGGCAUCCAGUCUUGACACAGCUUCUGGAGGAAUUUUCAGAACUUGAGUCAAGAGCAUUAAAUUGGCAAACUCGUGCUAAGACUGCGAUUCAAGAAGCAUCUCUUGAAAAGCUGGAGAGCUUAGAUCAUGAGGCUGAAGAGAUGUCAGUAUUUGUUCCUGAAAUGAACGAGGUUGAGGAUGCUGUGAAGACAGCUGCUAAGUGGAAAGUUCAAGCUGCUGAACUUCAGGCUGUGCCUGAUGGUCCUGAGCUAGAGCUAGUGGAAGCCCUUGUUUUGAGAGGGCAAGCGUGUCCAGCAAGACCCCCAGGCUUGGCUGAAUGGGAAGAACGCAUACGAAAUGCUCGUACUUGGCGGGAGAAGACUUUCCGCACCUUUAUGUUCCGUGAUUCACCUUUGUCUCUUGUGGAAGCACUUCUUCCUCGCACAGAGGUUGGAGUUGAUAGUGAACCUGUCAAGAAAGACAAAGAUCCAGUUAAAGAUGAAACAGCAGCAGUUUUGGAUAUUCAAGAAACAAACACCCAGAAAAGGCUUAAAGAUUUAGGUGAUAAAACCUACUGUAUUUGCAAGAAACCAUUUGCAGGUGUCAUGGUAAAGUGUGAAAUCUGCUACGAUUGGUUCCAUGCCAGAUGUGUACCACUCCCAGAGAAAAAUGAUACAAUGGCACCAACAAUGGAGGACCGCAUUCGAGCAGUUACUUCUCGUCAAGUAAAGUUCCUAUGUCCUGUAUGCCAGCGCUCCAAGAGACCUCAGUUCAAAGCAGUAUUUCAACUGCUUUCUAAUAUUCAAAAGCUGGGUGUGCAGAUGGUUGAGGCACGAGUUGUUCAUAGCCUAUGCCAACGAGCCCUUAACUGGAAAGAGAAAGCCCGGAAGAUGCUCUCACAAGAGGACUUGUACGCACCUUCUCCGUCAAUCGGGGAGCACACAUACUCUGCAUUGUCUCCAAGUAAGCACAUGAGGAAGUCUCCUUUAGUUCCCAGGCAGGAGAAACCUUCAUCAGUUCUCCUUGACAAGUCUAGAAUUCAGUUGGAGCUGUUAAUGCUUGAGGGCGAUCUUAUGGAAUUAGAUCUGGAAGAGAGUUCUGUCAUAUGGAACGUUCUCAGAAAUUCAGAAGCUAAUGCAGAAAGCUCCGCUGUGGAACCUGAUGAGCUUGAUGUCAGAGUGGAAGCAGAAGCAAGUCAAGAAAACAAAUGUAAGGAGUUGGAACGUUUCAGGGACAAACAAAGGCGAAUGAAGCGCAAAGCUGAUGAUGACAAGAGCCGUAGGCGUGGUGGCAAACCUAAACGAGCAAAGAAACCAGCUCGUCCUGUAAAUCAGGAAGUCUCCAAUGACAAAUCAGCUGCGGAGGGGGAGGAGGAAGAAGAGGAUGAAGACUGUUCAGCAAUGCCCUGUUUGAGACCGACUGGUUGUGAGGUCACAUGGGUGCAGUGUGAUGGGGCUUGUGAGUUGUGGUUCCAUUUGCAUUGUGUAGGACUUGACAGAGGUGAUAUCUCGGAACAAGAAGACUAUAUUUGUUCUCAAUGUAAUGGGCCGAAUCCAGAGCAGCGCAUGCAAAUAAUUGGCGCAAUGGAUACAACAAUACCCCUUGCACAUGAACCUUCACUUCUUGCAACACCCCCACACAGUAGAAAUCCAACAUAAUUUAUGGUAUAGGUAAUAUAAUGUAGAAAACUUGUUAUAAUAGUAUCAUUAGACUAUAGAAGCAUGGGUCAGACGUUGCAGGCAUUUUUCUCUCCAUUUUUAUCAUUUUUUACUACUUAUCUGCAUUUGCUAGUGAGCUUAAGAAAGCUCUAGGAAGCUGCUGUGUAAAAAAAAUCAAAAAAUCAAUCUAAAAAAUCCUGUAUUACCUCUUAUGCCCUAAGCCUGAGCUUUAUUAUGUUAUGCUGAAUAGCUUUGCAGUGAUUACAUGUUUUAUAUUAGAUCAAUUUUACUGUAGUUAAGGCAUAUUCAAAAGAAAUUGUUGUAACACAAAGACUGCUUAGAGAGGACAAGGGUUGUUCGUUGUAUUAAUUUUCUUCAAAUCACAUCAUGUUAGACAUUUUUUUGCCCUCAUUGCGCCAUGCUCCUUAAACUCUCUAAUAACAUAUAUUUUUCUUUGUUUUUGUUUGUUUGUAAAUAGACUCAGCCUUUAUUAAAUAGGUUUUCGCUGUUUUUCCCAGCAGACAGAAACAGCAUAAUUCAGUAUUGUUUUUAGAAGGCUAUAAACCAAAUUGUUAUUAUUUAUGUCUGCUGACCCAGAGAUUUGUUUAUUAGAAAAUAUCACUUCAAUCACAAUUAUUAUAUAUGAUAAUCUGAUAUUUACACAUAUGUUUAUCAUUGUAUUGCCAGCCUUCAUUUUUCCUGGGAAGAAGUAGUUUUAAUUUAUUUUUGUGUAAAUAUUUGUACUACUUUCUUGGUUUACUUUGUGAUAGUGUGUGAAUGUGUUGUGUGAUAUUUUGUGUGGAAGGUGUGUUGUCUUAAAAUCUUGUGCACUAUCUUAUUGUCUGUCUUUUGUGUUGUGUACAUCUUCCCGGGAAUGACUGAAUAUUAUGCCGACUUCCUACUUUUCCCUGCUGUGUGAGCUCUGUAAAACACUAUUUCGUGUAUUAGAUUAAAUAAUAUUAAUCAA